GUUUAGGACAAAACCUCGUUGGCGGCAGCUAGCGCAAACGAUCUACAAAGGCUAAGGGCUCCCGUGCUCCACUCCUACACACAAGCUCCGGGUCUGUACGCCUUACACUCAUUUCCUACACUUGAAAGGAAAGUAUAUAUAAUGUCACGCCGUUGCCUUCGUCGUAGUCACCGAUCAUCGUUGACCACUUCUAUACAUCCGUCUUGACCGCUCUUGCCGCUAGCACGGAGUUCCCGUGUCUUACUCUUCUUGGUCAUCGCGUAACAAGCUGUACGCCUUAUACAGCUGCCACUCUUCUUCACUUUCAGGCACCAGUUUCUGGUACCUUCGUCAACGCGCAUCGUUGCAUAAAUUCUGCCUAGGGCACUUAAUAACAGGGCUGAACCCUUCGAUGUCUUAGUCGCAAUCUCGAAAACCAAACAUGGCCGACACCAAACCUUUGUCCCCGUCCGCUAACGCGGAAGGCAAGACUGCUGCACUCCAAGCGCAAAUCGUCGAAGCAAACACAGUCGACAAGAAUGAUGUCGCAAAAACUGCUGGAAAGGCUAGAGGCGCCGUUGGACCUACAUCUAAGAAAGGCCCGGAUGCUGGGUUGAAAAGUUACUUCCGCGUUUUCAAGUAUGGAACAGCGCUCGAUUACUUCUUGAUCGCACUAUGUUGUCUCACAUCAAUCGGCUCGGGCAUAGCGUACCCACUGAUGAACAUUGUUUUCGGCCAGCUCGUGGGUAACUUCACAAAUUACUUCCUUCCUGACACCACUGUCACGAGAGACGAAUUCCAGGCCGAUAUCAACAAUUUGACACUCUAUAUUCUGUACCUUUUCAUCGCGAAAUUCGUGCUGUCCUAUGUAUCGAUGCUUUGCAUCCGUAUCAGCGGGCUACGAAUGUCCGCAGCUCUUCGUCUGGCAUACCUGCGUGCCCUCUUCGCUCAGCCUGUCGCCACAAUCGAUACUAUAUCCCCCGGCAAAGUAUCAACUCGAAUCACGACGUCGUCAAACACAGUCCAAAUCGCUAUCUCACAACACUUCGCGAUGUUGUUCCAAUCACUCGCAUUCAUAAUAGGCCUAUACGUUGUAUCCUUUGUCAAAGGGUGGCUGUUGACUCUGGUAGCUUCGGCGGCGCUGCCUUUCAUCUUGGUUGUAUACGGCCUGAUUGUGCCGCCCUUCAUCAAUAUCCAAAAAGUGACCGCGAAACACCUUGAAGAUGCUUCAGCAAUGGCCUUCGAGAUGUUCUCUUCUGUGCGGGUGGUGGUAGCUUUCGGUGCUGAAGCUAAGCUAGCUAGACUGCACGAGCUUGCAGUUGCCAAAGCUGGAGAGAACGAGAAGAAGGCUGCGCCGUUCAUGGGUCUUUUGAUGGCUCCGCAAAUGGCGGCCAUGUAUGGCACUUUCGGUCUUACCUUCUGGUAUGGUAUCAAACGAGCAUCUGAGGGUCAUGGCAAUGUUGGUGACAUAACAGUCGUCUUGUUCUCCGUUAUGAUGGCGGUCAUGAACAUUGGUCGUUUAGCAGGCCCAAUAAUGGCCAUAUCAAAGGCUGCUACUGCAGCGCACGAGCUGUUCGUCACCAUCGAUGCACCUCUGCCUGACACCUCCGGCAUGAGAGAUCCCGAGAUCAACGCAGAUGCCGACAUUACGUUUGAAAACGUUGCCUUCUCGUACCCGAGCAGACCGAACGUACAGAUAUUAGAUAGUCUUGACCUCAGACUCAGUGCUGGCAAAGUCACUGCAAUAGUCGGACCGUCUGGCUCAGGCAAAAGCACAAUCGUGGGCCUUGUUCAGAGGUGGUAUGAGCUUGCAGGCACAACUGCAAUUGAGAAAAGCGACGCUCCUCCGCCGCCGGUCGUAGACGAACAGCAAACACGAAAGCCUAAGAAUUUCUGGCAACGGAAGAAAGUUGACGACAAGCAGCCCAAAUACGAGAAAACACCGGACAAAGCAAAGAAAGAAGAGGAAGUCGACCUGGGUCCGAAUACUUGCACUGGAACGAUCAGAGUCGGCGGGGCGGACCUGCGCGAGGUUGACUUGAAGUGGUGGCGCUCGCAGAUUGGACUUGUGCAGCAAGAACCAUUCUUGUUCAACGACACCCUUUUCAACAAUGUUGCAUUCGGUCUUUGCGGGACAGACAGGCAAGAUUUGUCAAAAGCCGAGAAAAUGAAGAUGGUAGAGGAGGCAUGUCGAGAAGCAUACGCUGAGGAAUUCAUUUUAAAACUACCUCAAGGCUACGACACACUUGUAGGCGAGAGCGGCAUCAAGCUUUCUGGAGGUCAGCGUCAGCGCAUCGCCAUUGCUCGAAGCAUUAUCAAGCAGCCCGCUAUUCUCAUCUUGGACGAAGCAACCAGCGCUAUCGACGUGCGCACAGAGAGGAUAGUCCAACAGGCCCUGGAUCGCGUAUCGAGAAAUCGGACCACGAUCGUCAUCGCCCAUCGCCUUUCUACCAUCAGGCGCGCAGACAAGAUUGUAGUGCUGCGAAAAGGCAAGCUCGUUGAGGAGGGAACACAUGACGAGCUUGUUCAACUCGAAGCAGGCGUCUACCGUAGCCUUGUGUACGCUCAAGAGCUUGCAAUGGAACCGGAAGGCGCUCAUGAGAUCUCUGAAGAAGCUCAGCUGGAAAGAGUCAACACUCUAGAUGCGAAAUGCGCCAACGCGCAAGAAACAGAGUCCCAUACGUCCGAAGUGGAUCCUGAGUACAAAGAGCGAGGCCUAGUGCUUAGCUUUGGUCGUCUACUCUACGAACAGCGUAGCCAAUGGCUCCUCUACUCGAUUUCAACAGUCGGUAUUUUCAUGGCUGGAGCCAUCUACCCAGUGCAAGCUUUUAUUUUCGCCAAAGUCAUCGAAGUCUUUACCUUCACGGGCAAUCGCCUCGUCAGUCAGGGCAACUUCUGGGCCGGCAUGUUCGGAGUGGAGGCCGCUGCUGUUUUCAUUGCUUACUUCGUCAUUGGCUAUGCUCUUCAUUAUGUCGAAGUCGUGGUCACGGCGAUCUACGGUCAAGAAUACCUGAGCAACAUGAUGCAAAAACGGAUUGUCUGGUUCGAUGACCAAGGACACAGCCCCGGGUCUCUCACUUCUCGCUUGAGUUCUGACGUCGUGCAACUUCGCCAGCUAAUGACAACGGAGAUGUCUAUUGCCCUCAUUGCAGUCGUCAAUCUAGUCGGGUCUUUGAUCAUCUCUUUUGUCUACGGUUGGAAGCUCACACUAGUGGCCCUCUUCUCCAUCAUGCCAAUCAUUCUUGGUGCUGGCUACAUGCGGAUGCGGCUGGAAAUACAAUUCGAGAAGAAGAACGCUAAGGUGUUCGAGGAAAGCAGUCAGUUUGCCACGGAGGCUGUCGGUGCCUUCCGAACGGUUCUUAGUCUCAUCAUGGAAGACAUGAUCGGCAAUCGAUAUCAGAGCCUUUUGGUCAGCCAUGUCAAGCAUGCCUUUGGCAACGCAAAGUACUCGACGAUUGUAUUUGCGGCAAGUGAUAGUCUUGAACUGGGUUGCAUGGCUUUGGCGUUUUGGUACGGCGGUACGCUACUCGCCAAAAGGGAGUACGGCCUAGUCGACUUCUUCGUCAUCUACACUGCGGUAGUACAAGGUGCCAUUGCUGCUGGCAUGUGGUUCAGCUUUGCACCAAACAUGGCUCAGGCAACUGGAGCCGCAAACCGCAUUCUCAGUAUGCGACCUCCAAAGGAUGCUGCAGCGCCUACUUACCCAGCUUUGCGCAAUCCCUCUGGUGGCGUCAGUGUCGACUUUCAGAAUGUAAACUUCACCUACAAGUCCCGCGACACGCAGGUCCUUUCGAACCUAAACCUGCACGUCGCUCCUGGGCAAUUCGCUGCUCUAGUAGGCGCUUCUGGCUGCGGCAAAUCCACCACCAUCUCCCUCCUCGAGCGUUUCUAUGAUGCCACAUCCGGCACAAUCCUCUACAACGGCCAAGAUCUAACGACCCUUGAUCCAUCCCUCUACCGCCAACAACUCAGUCUCGUGUCGCAAGAACCAACCCUCUACGAAGGCACCAUCAAGGAUAAUGUUGCCCUCUCUGUCGACGCUGCCACAGAUGCAGACAUCGAAGCGGCGUGCACAGAUGCGCAGAUCCACGAGUUCAUUGUCUCGUUGCCAGACGGUUACAACACCCGUCUUGGUCCUAAGGGCAUGAGCCUGUCUGGCGGGCAAAAACAGCGUCUCAGUCUUGCGAGGGCCUUGUUGCGAAAGCCAAAAUUGCUAUUACUUGAUGAGGCUACUUCGUCGCUUGACAGCGAGAGCGAGAAGCUGGUGCAAGCGGCCAUCGAGAGAGCUGCUGGUGACGAUGCUAGGACUAUGAUUGCGGUUGCGCAUCGAUUGGCGACGAUCCAGAAGGCAGACGUCAUCUUCGUUAUGGGUAGUGGAAGGGUGUUGGAGCAGGGUAGUCACCAGGAACUGCUGAAGAAGCGAGGCGUGUAUUGGCAAAUGUGUCAAGCUCAGGCUUUGGAUCACUAGACCUGACUUCAGAGUGGUGGCACAAGAGAAAAAACAAAGGCGGCGUAGCGGUACCUUCAUUUCAACGCUUUCGAUAACCUUCUGCAUACUGCAUUGAAAAAACUAGUCCAGAGACUUACAGGUAUAUAGACGCAUAGAGAUUCGCCACUUAAACUCUGUAAUAUACAUUUGCG